CUGUGUGUCAGAUGACAGAGUAAAACCAUAAAACUGGAAAGAGUCUAUUGAAGAAAAAAUACUUCAUCUGUACUGCAUAUGGUGUUACAAAUGAUGCUAAUCUGAACAGAAGACACUUUCCUUGCUGUUGUAGAGCAAGAACAGAGAUAAACCAAAAAUGGAAACUCAAAAGAGGCAGAAAACACAGUGUGAUGUGAAAACAGAUCUGAACUUAUUGCUUGAAUGCCUUAAAUAUCAGAUGGACUGCCCUCUAUCUCAGAAAGACACUUUGAUCACUAUUUACUCAAUUUGUCAAGAAAACAGUGAAGCAAGUGAAUAUUUUCGAGAAAUUGGUGGUUUGAUGUUUGUAAAUGAUCUUGCAAAGUCAACUAUUCAUGGCAUAGUAAAGGAAGCAGCUUUGUUUACGUUAGGAAUUAUAAUGGAGAGUAAUGUUUAUUGUCAACAAACUUUGUGUACUGCUGCAUUGUUUGAAGACCUUAUUUCAUGUUUAAUUAAUAAGGAUUCUGGUGUGAACUUGAAAAGAAUGUCUAUUUAUGUCAUCUUAGCACUGGUUUCCAAUAAUAUAAGUGGGCAAACCUAUGUCAGAGAUACAGGCUGCAUUGGCCUACUGCUACAGUUAUUCAGAACAACUCUUUCCACAUCUGAGAUCAAUCUGUCAGAUGAAGAUACUAAUCAGUGCUAUCAGCUGUGGUCCUCAGUCUGCAGUACUCUAUGCGCCUGUGUUAACAAUCCCCAGAACGAAUAUAAUCAAAACAUUUGCUCUUCAGUUUUCCCAUAUGCCAAAGAGCGGCUGGAAAGUUGCACAAAGCCUGAGAUAGUUCGUCCUGUUUGUUCAUUUGUUGGUCUCACAGUUGCAAAUAACUCAUGUGUGCAGAAAUAUUUUGUUUCUGUUGGAGGACUGGAUACAUUAGCUAGAGUUUUCACCAGGCUUAUGCAUGAUUCCAGUAUGAGUCACUCCAGCAUAAAACUUGCAAUAGAAGUGACAAAGACACUGGAUGCCUGCAUUGCUAAUGACUCUACCAUAGGUGUUGUCUUGACAAAGUACCACACUGUGUCAGAGCUACUAAAGCUGCUGUCCAAUGACACUCUGGAUACAAGCGAAAAAAUUUGUAUUAUUCUGACCAUUGGACACUGUACUGAAGUUUGUGAAGAAAACCAGUGUGAGCUGCUCCAGAAUAAUGGUCUUCCACUUAUGAUUCAGUUAUUAACGGAGUCUCAGGAUGAGGAACUAAACAAAGUGGCUACUUUUGUCCUUCAAAACUGCAAACAAAUGACGAAACAGUUGUUCCUGAAAAUAAAUUAUAAUUCAUUAAAUGUAACCAAUACAGAGGAAUUGGACAUGCAAGUCAGAAAAAGAAGUCUAGAAGACUACUGGAAGGAAGCAAAAGGAAUUUUACACGGAAUAAACUUGCUUGAAAAGGAGUGUAAUGAGGAAAGUGUGAAAGGAGGAGUAUUUGUAGAAAGAUCCUCAGAAGCCAAUACUGAAGCAUCCAAAUACUAUGAGGUGAAUCCUGCUGAUCGAGAAACUUACAUGGCAAGAACACAUAAGGAAAUACAUUGUCCACAGUCAGAUGAUCAGGUUCUUUCUCCAUCUGUAAAUUCCUCUGCACUGAGAAAUGAAAUAGUUAACCCUGUGAAUCUAGUAAAUGCUUCUGUGAGACAAAGUGAACAGAGGAAUAGUUUGUGUUCAGUUAAUGAACUGCAAACAGACAGUGUACUACAAAGUCACACUAUGAAUGAAAGAACUACUUGUGUAAAAGAUCAGUCUAUUCAAGUAAGUGAACACUUAUUUAAGAAACCAGCAAUGACUGUUAAAAACGUGAAACAGACACGCACAUCAGAUCAACACUCGGAGAUAACCAAAGGAGAAAAAUGUACUUUAGCUACAUCUGCAUCCCAGAAAAUGGCAGAAUUCAGGUGUUCAGAAAUACUGCUGACCCCUGAGAAGAAACAAAGACUGCAUGCAGAAAUACCAACUCUUAGGAGAAGACUGGAUAGUUCUCAAAAAAUACUGCUGACCCCAAAGAAGAAAGAAAGAGUACAUGCAGAAAUACCAAUUUUGAAGAGUGAAAUGGUUGAUUUUCAAAGUAUUAUUUUGACUCCAAAUGGAAAAAAACAAUCUAAUACUUCGAAUAGAGGAGGACAUAGUAAAAAUGUGAGUUUGGCUGAUGACUGUAACUUGGUAUCUACAUAUAAAAAUGGUGAGUAUUACCAGAAAAUUAAUUAUGUAAUAAGUGUAACUUAAAGAUCAGACUUUGCAUUUAGGCCAGGGUUUGAGAAAUGCACCUGUGCUUGCUACUGGAGACGAAAUGGCUAAUAAUUAAAAUAGGUAUGUUCUGGCACCUUCAGCCAUAGUAUUAUUGAUGUUGGAGUUAGUUCCUAUAAUUUGCUAGUUGCUAAUGCACAAACAAUCCUCAUGUGUUAAUGUCAAUGAUGAGAAAAAGAGCUAAGGAGAUAUUACUAAUAAAACAACAUGUACAUAUUCAAGUUCAUUAG